GUGACUGGUCAUACACGUCGGUUCGCUGGUUGCCGGUCGUUUUUUUGUAACAAUUAAUUUUUUGUGUUACUUGUUUUUUGUUAAAAUAACCGUAACUUACCGAUACACCUCUGUUAAAUAAAUCGGCGAAGAUUUGGAACGAUAACGUGAAAAUGAGCGAAAGCGAAGGCGGAGAGAACGUCGGCGGGCGUAUAGACCCGCCAAAGAUAACGAGGUCCAUAUCCCAAAGACCGGUAAGGACGAUGGAGAGAGGACUUCACGAACGGGAUCGCGUUGGCGUUCAGGAUUUUGUGUUGCUGGAGGACUUUCAAAGCGAAGAGGCCUUCGUUGACAAUCUACGUAAACGGUUCGCCGAGAACCUAAUUUACACCUACAUUGGCCAGGUGCUGGUCUCCGUCAACCCGUAUAAAAAUUUGCCGAUUUAUACUCCUGAGACAAUUCACGAUUACCAGAAGAUUCACUUUUUUGAAGCACCACCCCACAUAUUCGCGCUAGCAGACACAGCGUACCGAUCUCUAACGGAAGAGAACAGAGAACAAUGCAUUCUCAUAUCAGGGGAAUCUGGUUCCGGAAAGACUGAAGCUUCGAAAAAGAUUCUUCAAUUUAUCGCGGCAGCCACUGGUCAUAAAUCACAGGUGGAAGGGGUGAAGGAUAAACUUCUAGGCAGUAACCCUGUACUCGAAGCAUUUGGUAACGCAAAGACCAACAGGAAUGAUAAUUCAUCCAGAUUCGGAAAAUACAUGGACAUCCAGUUCAAUUACCAGGGAGAUCCGGUCGGGGGCAACAUAUUGAAUUAUUUAUUGGAGAAAUCAAGAGUCGUUCAUCAGUCAAGCGGUGAACGAAAUUUUCACGUUUUUUAUCAGCUAUUGGCUGGAUCGAGCGACGAAACAUUGCAGAAAUUAUUUCUCAAGCGUAAUCUGGAAACUUAUUACUACCUAAGUAGUGGCGCUAAGGGUAAUGUGAAUUCCAUUGAUGAUACCGAACAGUACAAUGAAAUGAUUCAAGCUAUGAAAACUAUAGAACUUACCCAGGACGAACAAGACUCCAUAUUCCAGAUUGUGGCCUCAGUAUUGCACAUGGGGAACGUAGGGUUCACGGAAACCGAAGGAGUUGCGGUGAUAUUGAAACCCGCUGCCGUUGAUGCGAUUGCCAAUUUGCUGGGCUGCGACGCAGUUGAAUUGGCUUUGGCUUUCACUAGUCGUACGAUAGACGCUCACGGGGAUGUAGUUCGUUCACCAUUGAAUAGAGAAUUGGCGAUUUAUGCUAGGGAUGCUCUAGCAAAGGCUGUUUAUGACCGUUUGUUUACAUGGCUGGUGAAGAGGUUGAAUAAAUCGCUUCAAGCCGAAGACAACCGACGCAAUGUUGUUAUGGGAAUCCUCGAUAUUUACGGUUUUGAAAUUUUCCAGAAAAAUAGCUUUGAACAGUUUUGCAUAAAUUUCUGCAACGAAAAAUUGCAGCAACUGUUCAUUCAGUUGACUCUAAAAUCCGAGCAAGAGGAAUAUUUGAAGGAAGGAAUUGCUUGGGAGCCGGUAAAAUUUUUCAAUAACAAAGUAAUAUGCGAUCUGAUCGAAGAAAAGCAUAAAGGUAUCAUAUCCUUGCUGGACGAGGAAUGCCUUCGUCCUGGAGAACCGACUGAUUUGAGCUUCCUCGAAAAACUUCAUUCCCAUUUGAACUCUCACGAUCACUACAUCAGCCAUAUGAAAUCAGAUAUACAAACACAGAAAAUUAUGGGUCGUGAUGAAUUCAGACUAGUGCAUUACGCUGGAGAAGUGACGUACAACGUCAACGGAUUUUUGGAGAAAAAUAAUGAUCUCUUGUUCAGAGAUCUUCGGGAAGUUAUGUCCAAUACCAGUAACCCGAUAACAAAGACCGUAUUCAACGUACGGGAUUUGUCUAGCAAAAAACGUCCGGAAACUGCUGUAACUCAAUUUAAAAACAGCUUAAACAAUUUGAUGGAAAUACUCAUGGGCAAGGAGCCUUCUUACAUUCGAUGCAUCAAACCAAACGACUUCAAAAUGGCUGGACUUUUCAACGAAAAGAUUGUCCUUCACCAAGUUAAAUAUUUGGGUCUGAUGGAAAAUUUGAGAGUACGGCGUGCUGGUUUUGCGUACAGAAGACCGUACGAACAAUUCUUGGAACGUUACAAACCACUAUGUCCUGAAACCUGGCCAAAUUAUCACGGAAAUGCGAAAGAUGGUGUACAAGCUCUCGUCUGCCACCUCGGCUAUGAUCAGGACGAAUAUAGGAUGGGCAAGACCAAGCUCUUCAUCAGAUUCCCGAAGACCUUAUUCGAUACGGAAGAUGCUUUCCAGGAUAAGAAACAUGACAUCGCAGCUAUAAUUCAAAGCAGAUGGAAGGGUAGAAAACAGAGGAAAAUAUACCUUGAAAUGCGAGCGGCUGCCAUUGUUCUCCAAAAAUAUAUUCGCAGAUGGCUUGCACAGAGAGAAGCGAAGAGGAGAAGGGAGGCUGCGAUAGUGAUUCGAAAAUUCAUCAAAGGAUUCAUUACUCGCAACGGACCACCAAAUGAAGAAAACUUGGCCUUUAUCGAAUUGGGAAAAGCACAUUGGCUCAGGAAACUCGCUAAAAGUCUCCCUGAAAAACUUUUGGACAUGUCCUGGCCUGAUUGUCCACAUGCUUGUCAGGAGGCAUCGGCACUACUACACCCUAUGCACAGAAGAUGGAAGGCCCGAAACUAUAGGCUGGCUUUAUCGAAAGAAGACAAGGCACACUUUGAGCUCAAGAUACUUGCUGAAUCUUUGUUCAAGAAUAAAAAAAAAUCUUAUGCCAAGAGUCUUGGACCUAGAUUCCAAGUUGAUCGACUUGGGGAAGAAUACAAAGCCCUCAGGCAAACGUUUACAGCCAACAUUCUUCCUAGUGGCGAAAAUAUAAGAUACGCAACCCCUGUGGUGAAAUAUGACCGUCAUGGCUACAAGCCUCGCGAAAGAGUGCUGAUUCUCACAGAGAAAGCUGUUUAUAUUUUGGAUACAAUAAAAACUUUUAGAUUGAAACAUCGACUACCUUAUCAGUCUAUUAAUGAAUUGGUGGUCACAGGAGAAUCUGACAAUCUAUUAAUAGUUAGAAUACCACCAGAGUUAAAAAAAGACAAGGGUGACCUAAUUUUGGAAGUGCCUCAUAUAAUUGAAGCCCUUACCAAAGCGAUUGACAUUACGAAUAAUCCUAAAAUUCUUAGUAUUGUCAACGAAGAGUUACUUUCCCACAAGUUAGUCAGUGGUAAAGAAGGUACCAUAGAGUUCAGGACUGGAAAUACGCCAGCUAUCAGCAAGAACAGACAAAGCGGGCAUCUUUUAGUAGUGGCAUCUCCCUGAAUGCAUAAUUAAAGAGGACAAUCGUGGGCUAAACACAUGUGUACUUAGCAAAGUAUAAUAAUAAGAGAGAUAAGCUAAACGGAAGCUUUACCUAUUGUGAUUUCAAAUGAAACAGAGUAUUACGUAUGAAUAACUACGGAGAGUAUAAUAUAUUACUAAAACAUGUGGUUUACAUGACAUGUGGUGAGCGCAGGAAUUUGUAUGAUAGUCAUGUGAAAAAUAGAGCAAUAUUUGGGACGUCAUAUUUCACAAUACAUGAAUUCUAGACUUUAAUUGGUUUCAAUUUUUCUGUUAUAUUGAUUUCAAAACUUUGUGAACCAAAAAUAAGACGGACAAUUUCGAACCAUUAAAUAUAAAGCACAGUUUAAUUGAAAAACUCAAAUAUUCUCCAUAACAAUUGAUUAUUUUAUUCAGUGUUCAUGUAUAGCUUUGAUUAUACCUUGCAUUCUGCAUUCAGUAUUCAAUCAUAUGUGGCUUGUUUCAUUUUCUUUUGUGGUCGUUGGUUUAUCUUGUUCCUUUUAUGUGUUCCUGUAGCAUUUCAGUUCAUAUGCCAUAUUAUUUUUCAAGAUAGACUGUAGUGCCAUCGACUGUGUCCAGUGCUACAUUUUACUACUAUUACUACUAUUAAUAUUAUUAUCAAUGUAAUUAUAGUCAUUAUCAUUACUAUAAUUAUGAAAGGAGUGAUUGAGAAAUGUCAGAAGAUGCAUAUUAUAUAUUAAUUAUUUAUAUAGUUUUUUAAACACGCCAACAAAUGAUAAGCAUACAUUACGUAGAACGUGACAUGCGAAAAGAGAAACUGCCAGUAAUAAUUAGACAGGAUUAUUAACUGCACACUUCACUAAGGUAUAAUAAUAAAAUCCGUUAUUAUAUGUACCACAAUAAUUCUACUAUGGGGCAUGUGAAUAACAGAGAGCACUAUUUUAAAAGAAA